UAUCCGUCUAUCUAGUAAAUCUAUGGAUGCGUGUAUUUAUAGCCAGCAGGAGGCGGGCGGCAGGAAGAAGACAACCGCGCCAAUGCCGGUGUGCGCCUCACAAGAGUAUUAAAGCUUCUUCUUCUUCUUCUUCUUCUGAUCCUACCUGGCUAGGCUGCUACGAAACUCAGGGCCGCGUCCGCGUCAAUGGCUUCUUGCUGCUGCCCAAUCAUUGCCUGGUUCGUCUCUUUCCUCCUCGUCUUCCCCGUCCUCGUCUCCUCCGCGACGGCGGGCAAUGGCAGCACAUUCGGGGAGGAGCAGCUCGGGCUCCGGCGGAUGAAGGCCCGGCUCGCCAGGGUCAGGGAAGCCUCUGUCAAGACGAUCCAGAGCCCCGACGGCGACGUCAUAGACUGCGUGCCCUCUCACCUGCAGCCCGCGUUCGAUCAUCCCAGGCUGAGAGGCCAGAAACCAGAGGACGAACCUGCGGCGCGGCCAGGGAAUGCCGGCGCCGUGGCAGACGACGAGGAGGAGGUCUUGCCGCAGACGUGGAGGAGCUCCGGCGAGUGGUGCCCCAAGGGGACGAUACCGGUUAGGCGGGCGACGGAGGGCGACCUGCUCAGGGCCAGCUCCGUCCGGAGGUUCGGGAUGAAGCCCCGGAGUGCCGCGGCACGGCGGGACUCCACCAGCAACGGCCAUGAGCACGCGGUGGGGUACGUGAGCGGCGGGCAGUUCUACGGCGCCAAGGCGAGCCUGAACGUGUGGCCGGCGCACGUGUCGUCGCCGGCGGAGUUCAGCCUGUCCCAGAUCUGGGUCAUCUCCGGCUCCUUCGGCAACGACCUCAACACCAUCGAGGCCGGCUGGCAGGUCAGCCCUGAGCUGUACGGGGACAACAGCCCCAGGUUCUUCACCUACUGGACCAACGACGCGUACCAGGAGACGGGGUGCUACAACCUGCACUGCGCGGGGUUCGUGCAGACCAACGGCCGGGUGGUGAUCGGCGCCGCCAUCACGCCGGUGUCGGCCUACGGCGGCCGGCAGUUCGACAUCACGCUCAUGAUCUGGAAGGACCCCAAGAAGGGCAACUGGUGGCUGCAGCUGGGCCCGUCGGGCGCGCUCGUGGGCUACUGGCCGUCCUCCCUCUUCACCCACCUGGGCGCGCGCGGCCGCGGCGGCGCCGACAUGGUGCAGUUCGGCGGCGAGGCGGUCAACACGCGGCCGUCCGGGUCGCACACGCCCACGCAGAUGGGCAGCGGCCGGUUCCCCGGCGAAGGGUACGGCCGCGCGGCCUACUUCCGGAACGUGCAGGUCGUGGACUGGGACAACAACCUCAUCCCGGCGGCCGGGCUACGGCUCCUCGCCGACCACCCGGGGUGCUACGACAUCGCCGGCGGCCAGGGCGGCGCGUGGGGCAGCUACUUCUACUACGGCGGGCCUGGCAGGAACGUCCGGUGCCCCUAGAACCGAUACUGCUUACUCAGGCCACAGAUGCUAAUUCCAGCAAAAUUAAUAUACCACAAAAGUCUUUAGUUAUAAUUUCUUUGCAUGCAUGCUUGUUUAUGAUCAUAGAUAGAGUUUUUUUGCACUCGAAUUUAUUUGAAAGGAGGGACAUUGACUCGCAUUGCACGCACCAACGGAAUAUGGUGAUUACCAAAGUUCACACUACCUGGCCGCAUAGUAC